CUGGCGUGUAGGGAGACUCGCCGCAAUCACGCUCAGGGAAUAGGACACACGUGUGUGGGGGCGAGCAAUUGUUGAGUGUGCACUGUUUAUACACCAUGGGUCGACCUGACUUUUCUCCACGUGGAGGUGGAGGUGGCUUUCGUGGAGGUGGAGGUGGCUUUCGUGGAGGUAGAGGGGGUGACCGUGGUGGAGGUCGAGGCUUCUCACCUGGAGGUCGAGGAGGCAGGGGAGGAUUUUCACCAGGUGGUCGUGGCGGAUCAGGAGGUCGAGGUGGUGGCUUCCGUGGGCGUGGCGGCAGCGGUGGUCGUGGUGGACGAGGAGGAAGAGGUGGUUUUAGGGGUGGAAGAAGUGUGAUGCUUGAGCCCCAUCGACAUGAGGGCGUGUUCAUUGCGCGAGGUAAAGAAGAUGUAUUGGUAACAAAGAAUAUGGUCCCUGGUGAAAGUGUUUAUGGAGAGAAGAGAAUUAGUGUUGAGGAAGGCACCGAGAAGAUUGAGUAUCGUGUGUGGAAUCCUUUCCGUUCAAAGUUGGCUGCUGCCAUUGUAGGUGGUGUAGCAAAUAUUUACAUGGCCCCCGGUUCAAAGGUGCUGUACUUGGGAGCAGCAAAUGGUACAACAGUUUCACAUGUAUCUGAUGUAGUGGGACCAGACGGAAUAGUGUAUGCAGUGGAGUUUUCUCAUCGCUCAGGGCGUGACUUGGUAAAUAUGGCAAAGAAGCGCACCAAUGUGGUCCCCAUUGUUGAGGACGCCCGACAUCCACACAAGUACCGCAUGAUUUGUAGUAUGGUAGACUGCAUCUUUGCUGAUGUGGCCCAGCCUGAUCAAGCCCGUAUUGUUGCCAUUAAUGCUCAGCAUUUCCUGAAAGUGGGAGGCCACUAUGUUAUAUCCAUCAAGGCUAAUUGCAUUGACUCAACUGCCCCAGCUGAAGCUGUGUUUGCUGGAGAAAUCAAGAAGCUCCAGGGUGACCUUCUAAAACCCCAGGAACAGCUGACCCUAGAACCAUAUGAGCGAGACCAUGCAGUAGUAGUGGGUGUUUACAGACCACCCAAGAAAAACAAAUAGUUCUAUCAGUGCUGGCUUUCUGUCAAUUGGUUUUAAGAUUUGAUGUGCAGAUACAAUGAAAAUGCCCCAAACAACUGAAAUUAUAAAAAAAAUGGGUCCAAAUCUAAUAAAUAUUGUCAUUGAGAAUAUCAUCAUCCAUGUACUGUAUUGUAUUUAGAUAGUUUCUCGAACUAUAAUAUUUUUAUCCUUACAAUAUCUAUAAAUUUUAGUGAUUACGGCCUCACGGCAUAGCUCUCCCAUGUGGCAGGUGUGUGUUUACUAAAGUUGUAUCUGUAGAUACACUGUUAAACACACAACCAUUAUCUGCCUCAAAUAUGUCUUUCAGAUGCAUUAACUGAAAAUAAAUUUUAAUUGUUUUAUGCAUUAGUUUUUCACAGUAUGGUACUUCAUUGUUUGUCUAAAAUUAUCCUCCUGAUCACCAUGAUCACACACACAAUUUUUUAAGAAAAACUGUGGCAAAACUAAUUACUGAACUGCUCCUGUGUGCUACUGCAUAGUUUGCAAUGGUUUUAAAAAAAGAUGGAGUUAUUGAUUUUGCUCAUUGUAACCAUAUACUGUUCAUGUUCUUGGCUUUUGCAUAGUCUUACAUCAUUUGUAAUACAGUACUGUACAGAGAUAGUGGUUGUUGUCCAGUUGAAGGUAUGAUCUCCAUCAGUCACAACUUUGUUCUAUCCAGACUAGAAAACAAUUGUUUAAAAAAAAUUUAAUGACUACAGAUUUAUCUAGUUUGUGUGCUUGUCUUUUUUGCUGUUGUCAAAGCUAUGCAGUAAGACAUGAAUUGUUUUGUAAUUAUUUGGGUGUAUUAUGAUAUUUGUAUAUUAUCAUAGUGAUAAUAAAUGUUUAUUUCUA